AUGGGCUUUGAUAGAUGGAAGAAGCGCCUUUCCGGCCUUGGUAAGAAGAAACCAGCUUCACAGGCUUCUGCGAGUUAUUCUGGACCCUCAUCACCCAGGGAUGCCAUUCAGCAGAACGUUUCUCCAUAUCCGAAUAAUGUUCCUCAUCCAGCUGUCGCAGACAAUCCUCCGCCUGCUUUGCAACAGGCUGCGGGCCAAACAACAAAGGCAAUAGCUUGGCCACUUACUCAUCCCGUUUUGCCUGAGGAGAACGUCCAAGCCCUGAUAUUCUAUCAUACGAUCAAGUCCGCGGUUAGCGGUGAAGUUAACUGCUGGACUUACAUAUCUAAAGGGCUGGCUCAAGUGGGCCAAAAGGAGAUCGUUUUCACCAUCCGACGCCGAGCCAAUGAACUGGAGGAUAACCUGCCAUCUGCUCCCUUCCAAUGGAUCAAAUUCGUUUAUUCUGCGGCGAAAAAUGGGCAGACAGUUGAAGAAUUUCAGCGUACGGAGUUUCAUUCUCCGUCGUUUCUCGAUAGGCCCGAUUUCAAAUGGAUCGUUUACUGCCCUGCGCACCCUAUCGCCGAUAUUCCGGCUUCGUAUUUCCCUCUCGAAUGGCUUCAAGUUAUCCCCCUUAUUGCUCCGGAGGCAGAAGUGGCCCAAAGAUAUGGAAUUAUGAGGGCUCUUGGACAUCUAGGUGCCCAGGAACGUUGGUUCCCAUUUCCACCAUGGAUAGAUCGUGAUCGCCAACCAUGCAUCACUAUGGCGAACAUGGUGGGAACUAUGAAAGAGUCACUGCCACUUGUCAUUGUCAGGGGCGUUAGCGCAUUGAAAAGGGGCAUGGACAUUGUCCUCCAUGUUCCCCAAGGAUGUGCUCUUUAUCUUAAAGAGGCAUUGGCGCAGUUCCAACUCGAGCAUGUAUUCGCGCUAGAUUCGACGCCUCACAAGGACGCGGACUCUGGCCUUCUAUGGAGCAAUACCGAUACGGAGCCCAGGGGAUACGCUGCGGGGACAUCAAAUGCCUGUAUGAAUCUGAACUAUUUCGCAUUUUGUCCAUGUCAGGAGAUGAAUGAGCUUAAAAUGGUGGAAGAUGGCUUUAUAUUCAUGAUAACAAAUCCUACAUGGGCGAGCUUACGCCAGCACAUCGAACAGUCGACGUCCACAAACAUUGCUCUACCAUCUGGACUACAUUUUAUUCUAGAGUUUGGGCACUCAACACCAACUCGAAGUAAUGGCCCUUUCCCUGGCCCUCCAGUAGCCAUGCCGCCGUCAGUCACCUUCCCACCAGAAGCCGGGUUUGUCCAAUAUAAUCCGCAAAACCCAGUCCCCGAAUCCGAAAAGCCAGCCCACGUCCACUGUGACCAUAUUGUCCUUCUCGACAACAAUAUUACGACUGCCGUGGAUAUGGAUUUAGUGACUAAUUACAUUAAAUCCAUCGAGAAAGUGCUGGAUGAAACUGUUCCCAAAACUAUCCCGCUGAGUGCUUCUGGCGGAGGGAAACUCCUCAUCGAAGCUGAUGUCGGAGGUCCCGAUAGAGACGAUGUAAUUAGUCGCGAAUGGGUUAAAAUGAGCUUUUCUCCACCAUAUUUGAAUGCUUUGCCAAUGGAUCAAAUAUAUGACGGCGUCUCGCGUGUACCGAAACCGGAUAUUGUAACGAGGACUAAAUUUUCUUUGGCGUUCAAUGUCUGGGGUUUUAGGGGACCGUGGUCCUGGGCGUAA